UUCAAAAGUGAGGUUAUGGCAGCAAUCAAAAUAAUACGCGUCUAUUUUGCAUUUUCGCGAAAUUACACCAAUUUCCCGCAGAUUGUGUAACGAAAAAACAUUCAGAAAGAGUAAAAUAUGCCGGCAGACUUGAAUAUGAUUCAGUAUUCAGAGAAAUAUUUUGAUGACACGUACGAAUAUCGGCACGUAAUUUUGCCAACGGAGAUGGCUAAACUUGUCCCCCGAACGCACCUCAUGACUGAGACGGAGUGGAGGAAUUUGGGAGUGCAGCAGAGUCCCGGAUGGGUGCACUACAUGCUACAUUCACCGGAGCCUCAUGUCCUACUCUUCCGGAGGCCUCUACAGACACCCGCACCCGCCGUGAGAGAUGCCCAACAGAAUGCCAUCAAUACGGCUCUCUAACUUUCUAAUUCUCUACUCUACGCAUUUUUUUUUAUUUUUGUGUACUUCCCGUACAAAAAUUCAUUGAUCAUGUUUACGUUGUAACCGCUUUUGCAGCACAAAUAUUUUUAUUUUGUGAAGAUUCCUAAGAAAUCUCCCCUACAAUCCCAGAAUCUCAUUUCUAAUGAAACGAUGUAUAAAUUCCCUAAAUCCAUUAUAAAUAGCAUAAACAUGAUCAAUGAUCCAUGUGAAAUGUUUGUUCAAAAGAAAAGAAAAGAUAUAUGAAAUGUUUCUAUUUUAAUUUGCUUUACAAUAAAAACAAUGGAAAAUAAUAA